UGUUGUGUGCUUAAGAAAAAUCGAAAAUCGUUCUGUAAUAUUCGAAUAAAUCGUAAAAAUAAGAAUUAAAACGGUUCUUUAGGUGGUACAGUAGAACUGGGAUGUGUUAUUUGGAUGAAGAAAAUUGCGUAUGGUUCGGAAUAAUUCAUACAUCGGCUAGUACCCAGCACGGAGGCGCCAAUUGGCCUAAUUAAGGUGUAUCCGCAAGAAAGUGUUCGAUGAUCUAGAAAAGUUUUCAAUUUUGGCGAAGUACUUACACGAUGUGCUGAAUACGCGUAGAAUGUGGUGUCCUGCAGACGAUAGUGUGCUAAAAUAAGUGAUUAAUAAGAGGCGUCAUCGCCGCUAAGGAAAGUUGCUGGAUGCUUCGAAGCUGCGGUUUUUUUGUGCGAUACAUCAACGGACAGUAGUGUGUGUGUGGUGUUUGCUGUGUAACGGCUUCGUGUCGCUUAUGAAAGCUGUAGAGGUGUGCGUGAAGGAAAAUCGCCGUCUGAAGAGGUCCCGUUGUGUAUGCGCCUCGCGCACGACAUUGUUAAAUGUCAUCUUAUUGAGGCAAAAACGAAAACAACCUCUGUAGUCGAUAGUUGUCUGGUGGUUGUUUGCUGGCGUACUAGUUUGUUUACUUACCUCCUUGAAGGUGUUUCCCGCCCGAAAGGACCGAUGUGGUCGGUGAAGUUAAAAACUCAUUUCAUUCCGCAUAAUACGUUGUUAAGCUCUGGCAGAAUUCGAACGGUGCCUGUAGAACAUCAUUAAACAUCGACAGUACAGUGUUAGUGGCGGCACUGCGGUCAUCAAAUAAGCAUCAUGUUUUACGCACAUAUCGUGCUAGCCAAGAAGGGCCCAUUGGCCCGGAUUUGGUUAGCGGCGCAUUGGGACAAGAAGAUCACGAAGGCACACGUUUUUGAAACAAACAUUGAGCAGAGCGUGGACGGUAUCAUGCAGCCGAAGGUGAAGUUGGCGCUGCGUACUUCCGGCCAUCUACUGUUGGGAGUAGUGCGCAUCUACGCCCGGAAAGCCAAAUAUCUGCUUGCCGAUUGCAAUGAAGCGUUCGUGAAGAUAAAGAUGGCUUUCCGUCCAGGAAUGGUGGAUUUGCCGGAAGAGCAUCGGGAAGCAGCUGUGAACGCGAUUACGCUGCCAGAAGUGUUUCACGAUUUCGAUACACCUCUGCCGGAGUUGAAUGACGUUGACAUCGAAGCACAUUUCUCCAUUAAUCAAUCCCGUGCAGAUGAGAUUACGAUGCGCGAAGAUUAUGGCACUCUUCCAUUAAACAUACACGAUGAUGGUUUUGGUGAUAUGGGCUUUGAUGAUACACCCGACAUGGUUCGCGAUCGUAUGGACGAUCAGAUGGAGGAUGAUCUGUUUACAGACACCGUAACACGUCCUCCAGAUUUAGAACAGGAUAAGGAACCGCUGCCAGGUACUUCUCGAUCUCUCUUAGAUUCCAUCGAUCCCCACCAUCCGCAUGGAGACGAUGAUAACUUUGGGGAUGAGGAUUUUGGUGGUCAGCCUGCUGCUGGUUUGUUCGAAGGAGAUAUAUUCGCAGAUGCUCCGCUUGCUCCAGAACCGGAACUUCCUAUUGCCGUUACUCAGCGGCGAGAUGAUUCGGAUGACGACGAUGAUGAUCAUUUCGACAUGGGUGGUGCACCGUCACCAGCACCAAGCACAGACAAUUCUCGGCCUCCUUCACCCAUAACGAACAACGCAUUGUUAGACGGUGAACCACAGCCCGGUACGAGUAAGGAUACGGCCAGUUCACAGGGCCAACAAUUGCAUCCAGAAACCGGUCUGCCUAUUGUCAAUAAUCGUGAUGAUGGUGAAGAAGGCAUGGGCUGUAAUGAUGGGCAUCCGGAUCAAACAACGCUACUAAACAACGAGGAAGAGAGCUUUGCUCUAGCGCCAGUCGAUGCGACAGCCUUGAAAGGAACAACAAAAUCGAAGCGGAAACGAAAGUUGAUUGUUGAUGAGGUGAAGAACAUAUCGGGGGAAGAGAUGAAGAGCCAACUCGCCAACACAUCUGAUAUUGUAACGACAUUGGAUUUGGCUCCGCCUACGAAGCGGUUAAUGUAUUGGAAAGAAACCGGCGGUGUCGAAAAACUGUUUGCCCUUCCCUCGCGUGACAUUCCCGCACGAUGCUUGUUCAAAAAUUAUCAACGUCACCUUACCUCUCGAUCGAUUGGUAUCGAAGACUUUGCGAUAUUGGCUCCGUUGGACGUUCUUGGUGUGGAGAUACCGGUGGAACGUGCGGAAUCUCCAGUCCCGGUUGUACCAGCAAAGCGCGGUCGAAAGCGGAAACAACAGCCCGAGGCGGCAUCAACGCUCGGUUAUUUGGAACAAUCGGCCAAUGAUCAGAUGCGUAAUGGUGCUGGUGAGAUGGCACCUCCGACCCCGGCAUCGAUAGAAAUGCGGGAGGAUGGAUUGGGAGUGGAUUCAUCCUCGUUCAUGCCACCUCCUGCGACCCCGGGUCUGAGUCAGUUGGCCAGUCCAAACCAUCAGAGUCAUCUAAUGCCGCCUACUCCAGGGCUACCAACUAUUCCGAUGACUCCGGGACAGCUUGAUCACGGUGGUUUGACACCAGCAGGUCUGGGUCAUGGUGGUGAGCUGACGCCGGUGGGACUUUCUCACGGGGGACUUACCCCGAGCGAUCUGCAUCACGGUGGUCUUACACCGGCGGGAUUACAGCAUGGUGAUCUCGGCGGCGGCAUGACUCCACACGGAUUAGAUCACGGUGGUAUGACGCCCCAUCAUGCUUCGCUGGAAAAUAUUGAUCAAAUUCCAAACCUGCCCGCCGAUCAAGUUUCGUCCAUCCUUAAUGAACCGGGAAUGGAAGGAUUUUCAAAUAUGGGAUUCGAUGGCAAUACGUCGGAAGAAAUAGCCAACGAUUGGAAUGGGGACUAUGAGUUCCCGUCUUCGGUCGGUGCAACGCAUCCUAAUGAGGAGCAGCAAGUCGACGAAACGAUCGAACAGUUUGAGGAGCGUGUACUAAACAAACGAGCAGCACAAAUGUUCCUCUCAGUGAAGUCUCGAUUAUUGAAGGCCGAUCAUAUGAUGCUCUCCGAAAUGACGCAUCGAAAUAAUAAGAAACAGGCUGCUCAAAAGUUCUAUUCGCUUCUGGUGCUGAAAAAGUUCAAGGCGUUGGAAAUCUCACAGAAACAACCGUACGCCGACAUCGUCGUCACGAGGGGCCCGAUGUUCGAUAAUCCGAAGCUGUAAGCUGAAGGGGUUGCAUAAUCUAUGUGUUGUUUCUCCGGUGACUACCGCACCGGUUUACGGUUGUAAAGCAAAUUUUAUACAGUGUGCAAAUGGGGGGGAAGAAUGGGUCCAUCGUCAGGGCAACAAAGUACAGUGUACCUAGGAUCGCAUUUACAUCCUUGUUGAUAAAAGUCAACCUGUAAUUAGCACACAGUGUUGAAGAUAUAAUGCGUAGUGUAUAAUGGAAUAUGUGUAGUUCACCAGCAAGUGUCUAUCAUUACGCUAUCUGAAUCCAGGAUGUUUGGUUAAUUUCUUAGAGGCGCGUGCUUCCUUAGCCCUGGUGGCGGACACAUUCAAUCAGAGUUAGGAAGCAGGAUACAAUUGUUGAAUUUAUUUUAUUUCUUUAGAUCGUACGGUUUAUGUUAAGAGCAAAGUGUUUGUCAGUUUUAAUAGUAGAGUAUAUAUUUUUUUAGACGUUUCACUGCGGUCUAGCCAUCUAAGAUUACGCACCCCGUAUUGAAAGCCGUCAAAGGAAUGGGUAGUAAAGAGAAGGAAUGUGACCUGAGUCUAGAUUGUGAGCAGCGGGGCAGGAGUAUCUGCAGGAUUCCUUUGUUGUAUUGUCACAAAAGACGUAGUAAAUUUUAUUUUAUUGUAAUUUUUAAUGAACAUAUGUGUGUGUAAUUAAUUGUGACAGAUGGAAACGAACAAAAUGAGGAUAGAUGUAUUUAACUGCGGGAAGAGCUAAAUGUUCUGACUCAUUUUGUAUAGUAUCCGUUCUUUUUCAUCAUUCUGAUCUCAUGGUUAUAAAUGGUGAAUCAGAAAAUUUCACUAUCGAUAUGGUAAGAUGAUAGAAUACAUUGCAUCCUAACCCGUUGUUUGUUUGCCUGUAAACAUGUUGGUAUUCAACAAAUUGAUCGGUAAUGUUCGUCUGUACACAAAACCCGCUUAAAUGUAACGAUUGAUUUCUGUUUUUGUGUAACUAUUCUGUUUUAGGCAUAAACAGUUCGGGGGGUAAAGUUCGGUUUGUGUCGGCCGCAUCCUUUACUUAUGCCGUAAUAUUGGGAUGCAUCCAACGCGAACAAAACAAUUCCUGCUUAUGUACUGUAAAACAAUGUAUAGAGGUUUUGAUAAAUUGUUUCAAGAAUUAUGCUGAACAAAUCUGCUGAUCUGUAUGUAGCAAAGAUUGUAUAAAUGCCCAGUAUAUGAUGUACCACAAAUAGAAGUAGAGAAGGAAUAUUGAGGAACAAAAAAAACCAAACGUUAGGACCGUGAACGCGGGUGUGGAUAGAUUGCAUAGAAUGUUGUGUAGCAUUCUAGAAUGCCACCCAACAUCCACAGCAAGAACAAAUCGAUGCGUCGGACAAAAGAAAAUAACAAAAAGUUGAUAAAUAAAGGA